ACCUCAGCCAUCCCUGUCAGCACGUGCAGUGUGGAGGACCAAUGCAAGAGUUAUUACCACCCCACCAAAUAAACGCAAGGGGAGCAUGGAACACUUGGAAAAGCAGCCACCGCACAAGAAAAUAGCAACUGAUGGUCCAAUUCUUGCAGCGUCGACCAAUUCCUCAUCAUCUCACAUGGAAGAGAAAGCUGUGGUUCCACCAGCUCCUUCGGUUGAUUCUAAUGCAGGCCCAUCAUCAUCAUCCUCUAGACAACCGCCUAAUGACAUAAAUUUGGAUGGCAGAAGUAGGAGAGACAAGCGUGAUAGUCAAGCUCUGAAUAGGUCAGCUGUCCUCUCCCAGAUAUGGAAAAAUGACUUGGAUUCUGGGCGUCUCCUGGUAUUGCUGUUUGAGCUGUUUGGUGAAGGCAUUUUAUCCUUCAUUCCAGCUCCCGAGAUGUCUAUGUUCUUAGGACCAUUUGUACAAAGAUCUGCACUUCCAUAUAUAGUUACCCAUAUGUGUACAAAUUACACUUGCAGAUAGAAUUUUAGAGUUCUCGAGACCAAAUCUUUUGGUAAAUUUCUAUGAAGCUUUUAUGAACUUUUAAUAAUACUGUUGAUCAUGUGUUGAUUGUCUGGAA